CCUAAGCACCAAAGUUGCCAAGACAAUCAAUAUGGAACCUUCAAACCUUGUGCCAUUUUCAUCUUUCACGGUCUCCUUCUACUUGUCAAUAGCUUUGUUAUCAUUAUCAUCAGUUGCUGUUUCACAAACUGUUCAAGAAAACUUUUUCCAAUGCAUUAAUCAGAAUUCUGAGCUCUACGUCCCUUUCUCUUCAGCAUUUGUCUCACCUAACAAUGAUUCAUUCAGCUCUGUUCUGCAAUCCACUGCACAAAACCUUAGAUGUUUGGAGCCAUCAGUGGCCAAACCUCAACUCAUUUUCACACCACUGAUUGAAUCACAUGUCCAAGCAGCAGUUAUAUGCGCGAAAGAGGUAGGCAUUCAGAUCAGAAUGAGAAGUGGAGGCCAUGAUUAUGAAGGCCUCUCUUACAUAUCUGAUUUGGAUUCCCCUUUUAUUAUCAUUGAUCUCGGAAAGCUACGAGCCAUCAGUGUAGAUAUAGAUGAUAACAGCGCUUGGGUUCAGGCCGGUGCAACCAUUGGUGAAGUCUAUUACAGAAUUUUCCAGAAAAGCAAGACUCAUGGCUUUCCAGCUGGCCUUUGCACUAGCUUAGGGAUUGGUGGACAUAUAACUGGAGGUGCAUAUGGAACCAUGAUGAGAAAAUUCGGCCUUGGAGCUGAUAACGUGCUCGACGCUAGAAUUGUUGAUGCGCAGGGACGAAUUCUUGAUAGACAAUCCAUGGGAGAAGACCUGUUUUGGGCAAUCAGGGGAGGUGGAGGAGCUAGUUUUGGCAUAAUUCUUUCAUGGAAGAUAAAACUGGUUCCUGUUCCUUCAAUCGUGACUGUUUUUACUGUUCCAAAGACCUUGGAACAAGGUGCUACAAAAAUUCUGUAUAAAUGGCAACAAGUUGCUGAUAAACUUGAUGAAGAUCUCUUCAUCAGGGUCAUCAUACAAAAUGCGGAUGCUGCUCAGAAGGGUGAGAAAACCGUGCAGACUCUCUACAAUGCUCAAUUCCUCGGUAGCGCAUCCAGACUCCUCGAGGUGAUGAAUCAAAGCUUCCCUGAAUUGGGAUUGACGCAAAAAGACUGUACAGAGAUGAGCUGGAUUCAAUCGGUUAUGUACAUUGCUGGAUACCCCAGCAGCACACCCCCUGAAGUUCUGCUUGAGGGGAAAUCAUUGUUCAAGAACUACUUCAAAGCCAAAUCUGAUUUUGUCAGAGAGCCUAUUCCAGAAGACGGGCUUGAAGGGCUAUGGAAAAGGCUUAUGGAAGAAGAUUCACCACUGAUGAUAUGGAAUCCAUAUGGAGGAAUGAUGAGCAAGAUCUCAGAAUCUGAAAUUCCUUUCCCUCACAGAAAAGGAGUGAUAUUCAAGAUUCAGUAUGUGACACUUUGGCAAGAUGCAGAUAAGGCCACUGCUGCGAAGCACAUUGAUUGGAUCAGAAAACUGUACAAUUACAUGGCUACUUAUGCUUCCACGUUCCCAAGAGAAGCUUAUGUGAACUAUAGGGAUCUUGAUUUGGGAGUGAACAAAGAUGGCAACACAAGCUUUAUUCAGGCCAGUGUAUGGGGUUCCAAGUACUUCAAGAACAAUUUUAACAGAUUAGUAAGGAUCAAGAAUAAGGUCGAUCCUGGUAACAUCUUCAGGCAUGAACAGAGCAUCCCACCUCUUGCCUUAACGGGCAAAAGAAGGGGAAAGAGAAUGAUCCAUUAAAUUUCAGUUGCUUGCAAUAUUAAAGUCUAGGAAUAAAUAUUAGAAGAUGUGUAAUUCUUUUUCAAUUCUUAUUAAGUGAUAUUAAUAUGGUUUUACUGGCUAUUCUACUGAA